AUGGCUUGGAUAUUUCUUCUUUUCUUUCUCCACCUUGGCGUAAAUGCAAUUUCAAGUGUUUCCUCAAUCUUUCCCCCUCAAUACUCUCAUUAUUUAAACGAAUAUACUGAGAUUGACAUAAAGCUUACAGAAGCAAUCUUGUCAGGUGAAGAAAUUCAGCCAAGCUUUGGAAUUUCCUUUUGGGUCAAAAUAUAUGAUAUAACAAGGGAUCGAUUUAUAUUUUUAAUAGACCAAUCAAAGUCGAAAUAUAAAUCAAAUUGAAAAGCUCAAACUUAUCUUUCUCUUAGAAAUUCAUAUAUUUUGGCAUCAUCAUCUUUUUACUUCGUUUUAGAGUGGGAACAAGAAAAUGCUGAUCUCUCAUCAAUUUUGAAGCUAUCUUAUGUAAAAAUAACAUAGACUCCUUCUGAUAACUGGAUAUUUAUCGGAAUAUCAGCGAGCACAGAAAAUAAAUCUUGCCUUUUUUAUUAUAAUAAUUUAGGAACCGAGUCUUACAUUUCAGAAGAUUUUGAUAUAGAAAUAUCAAUACCUGUCAACUCACACUUGCAAUUUUUAAAAAUUUACAAUUUAAAAGAAAGAAUUAGUGAUUUUAGGAUCCACAAUAACAUUUACAACGAAGUUUAUGACUGAAGGCUGCAAUAUUCCUCAUCUUGUGCCGGAGUAAGCUGUGCAAGUUUGUUUCCAAGCAUAGAUUAUGGAAAAUGUGGCCAAUGGUGUGCUUCACAAACUGAAUGGUUUUUUCCUUUAUUUGAGCCCAAAUUAUAUGCAAAUGCGCCUUAUUUAUCUUCAAAUGAUUUGCCAUAUUAUUUUGAUAGACAAUCUUUGUUACAUAAUGAUGUUUCUGUACCUACAAAUGGAUGAAGCGACUAUUCAAUUACAGGCUGAUUUCAAUUUUAUAUAUGUAAAGAAUCAACUUUUUUUCAAAUUCAAAAUUCUUCUAAGAUAUAUUUACAAGUAAAUUUGGCGACUAGCACAAGCGAUUGUGAUAUGAUGAAAGCUAAAAUAUAUAGCACAGAUGGGACUAAUAUAGCUUAUGAUUCAACUGCCAUUAAUGGAACAAAUUAUAUUGGGAAUUGGAUUUUCUUCGCUAUCACUAUUAAUUCUAGCCUUAAAUUGUUAAAAAUUUAUACUCAAAGUAGUCCCAACCCUCCAUCGACUACUUACCCUCUAGUUUCAUCUUCAAUUACUUAUACAUAUACAGUACGAGCUUUUACUUCUGAUAAAGAUAUCUUUUUUGGAGAAUAUCUAGGAAAUUAUGCAGACUUUCGAUUUUAUCCUGGAAACAGCAUAGAUGCUACUUUAAUUGAAUAUAAUAACAACAUAUAUAGUGCUGCUACCUAUCUUGAUCCUUAUUGUACAUCAUGAUCCUCAAUUUGGUACUGCAGUGCUUGUGAAAUUGGCUAUUAUGUUAAAAAUGGUAUAUGUAAAAGUAAUUAAUAAAUAGAAUGCCACCCUUCAUGUGUUGCAUGCAGCUCUGAUGAUACAGAAACAAAUUGUUUAGGCUGUGCAAGUGGAUAUUAUGCUCAGCCAAACCAUCCUUCUACAUGCUUUGAUUAUUGUCCAUUAGGCUUUACUUCUGACUCUGCUUUAAACCAAUGCACAGGAACUCAAGGCUAUAUUGCAAAUAUCAACUUUGACAACAAUCUACUGCUGGAUUAUAAUGCAUCCACUCUCAAAUUAAUAGAUUCUUUUAAGCCUGACAAUCAAAAUUAUCAUAGUUUGUUUCCAGCCAAUAAAAGAGGAGUCUAUAUAGGUGCAUUAUGAGCUGAUCAAUUUGUGCUAGAAGAAUCAACACAAAAUAGAAAGAUUCUAGGCUCUGAUUUUACGAUUGAAUUUUGAGUGAUGCUAUUUAAAUCAGACUCUCAAUCAUUUUUCAGUACUCAAAUAGAUAGAUCAGGCGAAGUAUAUAUUAAUUUUUGUAAAUAUUAUGAGAAAAAUCUUAGUAUUAAUAUCCUUACCAGAGAAUCUUCGAAAAUUGAAGCUAUUUUAUAUGAAAAUGAAUCGAAAAAUAAAGAAUGAGCUUUUUAUUCUGCUUCAGUAUCCUUUGAUGAUUCAUAUAAACACACUCAAGUUACUCUUGUUUGGAAUGAAAAAUAUGAAGUAAAAAUAGCUCCAAGCUACUACAAAGAAGCUUCUGGCAUACAAUAUUUGCUAGGAUCAGGAUUAAAUGGGUUUCUGUAUAGUUUUGCGCUAUAUAAUUAUGGAAAAAACUAUAAUGAGAUCCUGCUAAGUCUAGGCACUUGCAGUUCUUGCUCUGCUUGCCCAGGAAUCUUAAAUUAUUGUUUGCCAACUUGUGAUAAAACUGAAUACGUGGAUAAUGAUGGAAAUUGCCAGAAAUGUCCAAGUUCAUGCCAUGGUAUAUGCUCAAGAGCUAGCAGUUGUAACCUUUGUUAUGACGAUUUAUGCUAUAAAUGUACUAAAUAUGAAAUUGGUGCUUGCAUUCAGUGUGUUGAGAAUGCAACUCUAAAAAAUGGACAAUGUGGAUGCCAAAAUGGAUAUAAAAGGCAAGGUGUGCAAUGUUUAAAAGCAUGCAAUGAUGGAUAUUAUUUUGAUCUAAUCACAAAAGAGUGUCUUAGUUGCCCUAUCAACUGCCUAAAAUGCGGAAAUGGGAAUACUUGCAUAGUAUGCAAAAGUGAGUUGAAUUUAUUAAAUGGGAAAUGCAUGUGUGCAGAUGGAUAUUUUAGCGAUUCUUCAAAUAAGUGCCUAAAGUGUGACAUCUCAUGCUCGAAUUGCUCAAUUAUUUCUUCAAACUGUACUUCUUGCAUAUCAGAUUUACCUAUUCUCUAUGAUUCGAAUAAAUGCUAUCCAUGCAAUUCAUUUGAAGGCUACUCUAUUGAUUUUGCCAUUUCGAUUUCUUAUUUUACAGAUGAUUUAAGGUCACAAUUAUCUUCUAAUUGCAUUGAAAUUUGUGGAGAUGGAAAAAAUAUGGGGCAAGCUCAAUGCGAUGAUGGAAAUAAUGCAAAUUGAGAUGGCUGUUCUUCUAGCUGUAAAAUAGAAACUGGCUGAUCUUGCUUUGGAGGGAAUGCAAAUUCUCCUGAUGUGUGCAAAGACACAACUCCGCCUUAUCCAAUCUUUGCGUACUUAAGCAAAAAUGAUUCAGGCUAUCGCCUUACUUUAUCAUUUAAUGAGCUUGUUACAUUUGGUAUUGAAAUCUCUAAAAAUAUUGAAAUAGAAAUUGAAAAUUUAAAAUUUGACUGAUCUAUUACUAAAGAAAACUCAACAUAUAUAAUUGAUUUAGAUAUUCAUGAAGAUGCAUCAGCUGGGACAGUCGUAAAAUUAGAAUUCAUAAAUCCUAAUUUAAUUAUUGAUAUGAAUGGAAAUGAAAUGCAAGAAAAAUCAGUUUCUACAAAAUUAAUGGUAUCUUAUUCUUAUACAACAGGCCAAGUAAUAUCUUCUUCAGUUACAACAGCAGUAACAACUACCAUAAGCAUUUCUCUAGUUGUUUCAAUAUUAUCUGCAUUUUCUAUAGGAUUUGUUGACCUGCAAUUGACAUGGUGAAUGAUUGAAACUAUGCAGAUCCAAAAUUAUUUGAUAUACUUAUCACCGAAAUAUCCUGAAAAUUUCUUAUCAUAUCUAAAAGCACUUGGAAUGGCAAAUGGGAGAUUUUUGCCAAACCCGUUUAAGAGAUAUUUAGUAAAAACUGACCCUUUUCCAGACCCUCCACAAAAUUUUGUUGAUGAAAAUCUAGACACAGAUUUUCUUAUGAACUAUGGGCAAUUUCUAUUGGUUUGAACUGCUAUUUUAAUAGGAUUGCUUAUUUCUUUGAUACUAUUUAAAUUAAGGCCAAGCGUUUCAAUAAUAAGAUCCCUUAAAAGCUUAUUUUUAUUUUCAAUUCUCCUUAGAAUUGGAAUUGAGUCCUUCCUGGAAACUACACUUUCAACUUUUCUCCAAUUAAGAGAAUUUUCAUUGCCAAGCCAGCAUAUCGGCUACCUUUCCUUAGCUUUGAGCAUUCCGGCAGCAAUUUAUCUUUUAUUGUUUUUUGUGCUUAUUAUUUGCCAAAUUACAUUGAAAUCUUCAGAAACGCUCAAUAAAACACCACAUGAAAGACGAUAUGGAGUGCUAUAUGCAGGAUUUAAAAGAAACUCUAAAUUUGCAGCAUCAUUUCUUUUAUUUCAAAAUAUCCGCAGAGUUAUUUUGGUUUCCUUAUGUGUAUUUUUAUAUGACCAUGUAAUUUUGCAAGUGGCUUUUUUAGUAAUUUCAUCAUUUAUUUAUACAGCUUUAUUGAUAUUAUUGAGACCAUAUGAAAAAUCGGUUUUAGGAAACAGCCUGAUUAUAGUUUGCGAAAUUUUUUACUUUUCUUCGAAUUGUUUAAUACUGAAGCUUUUAGAUGAUGAUUUAUCUGAUGAUAAUCGAACAAAUAUUGGGUGGGGUCUAAUAUCUUUAUUAAGCUUUUCUUUGCUACUUCAUAUAAUAUCUAUUCUUAUCAAAUUGGUCCAAGAAAUAAAAAAGCUAUAUGAUUGAUUUUUAAAAAGUUUUGCAAAUAAAUUUGUUAUUAGAAAAAGAAGAGUCAUUCUGAAUGAAAUUACAUCGCAUAAACCGAACCAGGAAUGAAAUCAAAUAAUGGAAGACAAAUCCUUAAAAAUUCAUGGUCUUGAUCAUGAUUCUACUGUGGCACAAUGCCAAGAGCAAAGAAGCAUCCAGUAG